AUGAAGUUCCAAAAUACCGUUGCCGCGCUAGCGACGGCUGGCCUCGCGGCCGCUCACGGCCAUGGUCACGCUCACGCCCACAAGCGCGCUACCGAGACUGAGACCGUUUCGGUCCCCGGCCCAGUUGUGUACGAUUUCGUCGUAUUGGACCCGUCUAAGUCCGGCAGCCCUCAGUCCAUCAGCAUUGAGGAAGCCUGCGAGGGUCUUGCAAGCAAUGAGUAUGAGUGGCUGGACUCUGAGGUUGCUGCUGCUUGCCCAUCCAGCAGCUCGAGCACUGCCGCACCGACCUCGACUUCCACGUCCACCCCAACAACAACCGCUACCGUUGCCCCUGCGGUCCUCCAAGUGACCUCGGCUGCCAUCACCCCCGCCAGCUCGACAAGCACGGCUGAGCCCACCUCAAGCUCCACUACAACCGCUGCUGCUACCAGCAGCUCUUCCAGCUCCUCCAGCUCGAGCAGCUCCGGUGCCACCGGCCUCACUGCCGACUUCCCAGAUGGUGAGAUUGACUGCGGUGACUUCCCUUCGCAGUAUGGUGCUGUCGCCCUUAAAUACCUUGGUCUUGGUGGUUACUCCGGUAUCCAGUACGUCAGUCUCCUCGAUGAUGUGAUUAGCGAUAUUGUUACCGCCGUUACUGGCGAUGAGUGCCACCACGGUGCCAUGUGCUCCUACGCUUGCCCACCUGGAUACCAGAAGUCCCAGUGGCCUACCACCCAGGGUAGCACUGGCCAGUCCGUUGGUGGUCUUCAAUGUAAGGCCGACAACAAGCUCUACCUCACCAACAAGAAUCACAAGCAGCUUUGCAUUCCUGGUGUUGGCGGUGUCCACGUCAAGAACGAGAUGUCCGACAACGUUGCUGUUUGCCGUACUGAUUACCCCGGUACCGAGUCCGAGACCAUUCCUCUCACCUCCUCCCCCGGUGAUACCCACGAGCUCACUUGCCCCGAUGGUGAGAAAUACUUCCGCUGGGAGGGCAAGGUCACCUCCGCUCAGUACUACGUCAACCCCAAGGGUGUGUCCACUGAGAAGGGUUGCCAGUGGGGUGACAGCAGCCAGAGCAUCGGUAACUGGGCUCCCAUCAACCUUGGUGUCGGCUACACCAACUCUGGAAAGUUCCUCUCCAUCUUCCCCAACACCCCGACCACCAACAAGCCUCUCGACUUCAACGUUAAGCUUGAGGGUGACAACCUCAGCGAUGAGUGCCGUUACGAGGACGGCAAGUUCUACGACUCCAACGGUCCCAUCAGCGGCAACAGCGGUUGCACAGUCGGCGUCACCUCUGGCAACGCCUACUACGUCUUCUACGACUAA